GGCCGCUCCGCGCUGCGGCCGGCGCAACACGCACCACAGCACAACACGACACAGCGCAGCACCCGGCAGGUUCGAGGUCAUCAGGCGGGUCCGGGCCGGCCGCGCCAUGGUUGAGGGCAAGCACUACUUCUGGGUGGAGCGGACGCUGGGCUACGCCGACGAGGGCGCCGUCGCGGCCGGCGUCGACGUGGACGGCUGGGAGCUGUACGUGUGCCGCAGCCGGCACGAGGGCGACCUGGUGCCGGGCCGGCUGGCUCCCCGCGACGGCUGCGCCUACGUGCCCUGGGGCGGCGGCGAGCACGUCAAGCUGGAGUACGAGGUGCUGGUGGUGCUGGGGGGUGAGGGUCGGUGGGUUGCGACGCGCGGCGGCUGUGUGCCCAUUGAGGCACUGGAGGCUGGUGCUGCCGGCAGCGAGCCGCUCUUUGUGGGCAGGGCCUGCUUCGAUGGCUUGCUGGUGCCUGGCAAGGUACACCCAAGCCACGGUGUGUGCUACAUCUCAUAUGGUGGGGCAGAGAUUGCUUGCCCGGAGUACGAGGUUCUCGUCAUACACAUAUAGACAGUGCCUCCUUGUAUCAGACUGCUACAUCUGAGGAGCAUCUCAACCUCUCCUCACUCAUUACUUCCUUCCAUUUUAAGGAAACGUCACUGUCGAUCUCUGAAAAUUUCCUGUGAUAUACAAUUUUAUGUCUUAUUUAAUACCAGAUGGUGCUUAUAUCCAUCUGCAAUGCCAAACAAUGCAAGUCAUAAUUUUAGUACACGUUUUUCAAUUUUUAUAUUUUCUUACUGAUUCCAAACAACUCAGUGAAUCCUAUUGAUCACUGAGACAAGUGUUUUGAGUGAAAUGUAUAUUAAUGUGUUGCACAUUACUGCUUGUUAUAGGUAAUAAAGUUCUUUUACAACUUCA